AUUGGUUUGAAAGAAUAUUCUAUAACAAUCUCCACUACGCAUGUUUGGUAAUUGGAGUGAUUGACAGGAUACGUGAAGGGUUUUUUUUGUUUUGUUUUGUUUUUCGUUGCACGUUCUCCGGUUAAUUGUAACACAGAAAGAUACCGUUUCGUAUUAGAUUUUGAUUUUUUCGGUGAAUAUUUUCGAGUUUAAUAUCUCAGAAUGUCUACCGGCUCAUAUUUUAUCGGAAACAGCACGGCUCCGAGGUCAAGUGGUUGGUGGAGCUAUGAUCCCGGAUUAUCUGUAAGAGACACCGCACCAGAAAAUAUUAAACAUCUUAUCUCUGACCACUGGUCAAAGUUUCCAGCGGUUAACCCUAUGUGGCAUUAUCUUUUAGGCCUCAUCUAUAUCGUUUUAGGAAUAGCCUCUCUUACUGGUCAGUCUGUUGUUCUUUAUUUAUUUGCCAAAACAAAACCUCUCCGGACACCCGCCAACAUGCUCAUUGUGAAUCUUGCGUUUAGCGAUUUCAUGAUGAUGAUAACACAGUUUCCGGUCUUUAUCAUCAACUGUUUAGGUGGAGGAGCAUGGCAGUUAGGUCCACUACUGUGCGAAAUAACUGGGUUCGCAGGAGGGCUUUUUGGAUAUGGAUCAAUCGUCACCUUAGCCGUGAUUUCCAUUGACCGAUAUAACGUCAUCGUUCGGGGAUUUUCUGCGUCACCUUUAACACACGCUCGAUCAGCCGUUUUUAUUCUCGUUAUCUGGGCAUGGACUCUAGGCUGGGCUCUUCCCCCUUUCUUUGGCUGGGGACGUUAUGUGCCAGAAGGAAUUCUUAAUAGUAG